GAAACGGGGGACACAUUCGUGGAAGGAUCGUAGGAACGCGGUCGCAUCGUCGCCCGGCAGCGCCGCGACGCCCUCGAGGCGAACUAGACGUUACGCUCCGUGCUCAUCGCGAGGCAUUUCGGCGUUUCUAACCUCGUCCUUGGCGCUGCUGCGCGUCGCUCCCUUCGUUCGUACAGUGUAACAUAGUGCCGCGCGUCUUCUUUUUCGCUCCUCCUUUUCGUGCUCGUUUUUUCCUUGUUAUCUGUGCCCGUUCGAGGUGAAUGGUCCAACGGUGAACAAGGAAGAACCAGCUGACGCGGAGCCUAAUUGUUUCGAAUAUCCAGCGAGGGAAAUACUCCAGAUUCGUAUAUAGGAUAUACCCUGUUUAAUGCAGUGGCCUCUUGGAAACGGCGAACUUUAUGAGAACUUCGGUAGCCGCCACCGAGGCGUUACCAAGGUCACGAGGGAGGAGCUGAGGUCAUCGCUGCACCUAUGUUGUGCGGCGAACUCCUGAACGGUGGGUUCGUCAGUACCGGAGCGGUACCGGUGGUUCCCUACAGUCUCUUAGGAUUCUGGUUGCCCGGCUGUCUACGCGCUACCAGUCCCAGUUCCCUCACCUCGUCUUACCUGACCCUGUUGGCCGAGCUUCUGGCCACGGGCCACCUGGACCUUCGAAGCGAGCUGAUGGACCUCGCGAAGAGGAGCCAUCUGGCUCCCACCAACGGAGCGGUCGAACUUGACCUCGACCUGCAAGCCGACGACAUCGAAGAGAGCGUCUUCCUCGAGAACGGUCUGCUCUCGUUCGAGAACCCGAAUUACCACUUAGACCCGGCUCGCCUGGACGACGCGUUGAACAGCAACGAAAACGGCAGUUCCCUGUACGAUGAGCUGUAUCAGGAAUUGGUUGGCAGCGGAGGCAGAAGCGGCGAAGUGACUGGCGGUGGAGGAGGCGGCGGAGGCGGAGGCGGUGGCACGAGGGUACAAGCACGCAGAACAUACGCCACGUUGGAUCUGGGCAGCAUGGGGGUUGACGUCACUCAAGGUCCACUCACUCAGGACUCCGUCACGGAGGACGCGUCAGACAAUACGGACAACCAUAACCUAGGGUACGGCAGCGAGGGUGUUGCAGAGUCCGCUCUGGUCGACGACACCCUCAACGGAAAUCCUCGGUCGUCGUCGCCGUCGUCUUCCUCCUCGAUUCUGCCUCCCCUUCAGUCAGGACCCGCGGACUCGAUCGACGCUACAGAACUGUCCGGGUCGAGAAAUUACUGCGAGAAACCGGAUAACGAGACGACAGAGAUGGGCGGCGUUCCGCGCGUCGAGGGUGGACUGAACAGCGAAUUGUACGCGGUCCCUGUGAAACGAAGGCAGCCCAAGGAUCAAAAGAACAAUGCCACUCAGCAGAACAAUGCCCAGGAGAAGCCGUCGGAGGUGGAUUCCACCGACUCCGAGGACAAAGACGAGAAUCUGCCACCUGGAUGGCAAAAACACGAGGACGAAAAUGGUCCCUAUUAUUGGCACGUGAAAAGCGGCAACAUACAGAGGGAACCUCCGGAAGCCCCGCCGCACUCCAAGAGGGAGUCUCGCAGGAGCCUCAUCAAAGACAACGACAGCAUAAACAAUUUCCACACUCUGACCGGUAUGGUGAACACCGUGACCCGCAGCAACACGAGUUCCGCUCUGGAUCAGGAGCUGGAGAACAAAAGAAAAGUGGAACUGGCUCUCAAGCGAAGGAGCUACCCAGCAAGAGCAGACUCCGAAGGCAGAGACAAGCCGAUCAGAUUCGCCGUGCGCUCCCUUGGAUGGACAGAAAUCGCUGAAGAGGAUCUGACGCCCGAAAGGAGCAGCAAGGCUGUCAAUAAAUGCAUCGUGGACUUGUCCCUCGGCAGAAACGAUCUCCUGGACGUCGUUGGACGAUGGGGCGACGGCAAAGACCUGUUCAUGGAUCUGGACGAAGGCGCUUUGAAGCUGAUAGACCCGGAGAACCUCACCGUCCUCAACACACAACCGAUUCACACAGUCAGGGUGUGGGGUGUUGGCAGAGAUCACUGCCGGGACUUUGCUUACGUGGCGAGAGACCGAUCGACCCGGAAACACAUGUGCCACGUGUUCCGUUGCGACAUACCGGCGCGCACGAUCGCGAACACGCUUCGAGACAUUUGCAAGAAGAUCAUGAUCGAGCGAUCGCAGCACCAGAAUCUCGCGAAACCGGUGGACGUCAACGGGCGAACGAGUCUGGCCACGAGACCCACCAACUUGCCCACGGAACAUCGACGUUUUCAUAGAAACGGACAAGCACUAGUCACGCAAUCGUUUCCUACGCCUAUGGAAGAACCGAAGAAGGUGCUGCGAGCGCAAUAUCUUGGAUCCAUGCAGGUUUCACAGGCGACCGGUAUGGAGGUCCUGAACGACGCGAUAGAUCAUAUCGUAACCAACACGCCUAUCAAUCAAUGGCGAAACGUGAACGUCGCUGUCGCGCCCAGCAUGAUUUCCAUCCUUACACCAAACGAGGACAAGCUGAUCACCGAAUGUCGAGUACGUUACUUGUCAUUCUUGGGUAUCGGUCAGAACGUGAAACAGUGCGCUUUCAUAAUGCACACCGCGCAAGAUCUCUUCAUCGCACACGUCUUCAACUGCGAGCCCAGCAGCGGCGCCCUUUGCAAAACCAUCGAAGCCGCCUGCAAGUUGAGGUACCAGAAAUGUUUAGACGCACACCCGCAGGGCUUCAGAAGCGCCAGCAGCCUGAACACUCCCAGCGGUAGGGGUCUCGGCGCCACCCUGAAAUCGCUGGUUGGCUCUCUGACUGGACGUAGAAAUAAGCAGGGUGAGUCCUGAGACGAGGCUCUCUCGCUGCAGGAACUGUGGCCGCUGCCUGCUGAGCGAGAGGUGAUCAGACACAGACAUCUGCAGUCGCCCAUGACCUUGAAAUACUUUAGCGGAUCACCACCCAGCGCGUCUCUGAGGUCGCUCCUAUCGCCCUCUCUGGACAACCGGCGUAUUCAGCUCGCCCGUUGGGAGAGCAAUCCUUAAAGCUGGGAUUGGACCGUGCGGCUACCCGAAACCUGGGUCAAAGAAACGGAGAAACUAAGAGAGAUUCAAUUCUUACCGGUUAACGACUGAAUCGUGAAUUCUGCAGAGUGCUAUACUAAUCACCACAGCUAUAGUGGACUACGCUUACGUGUGUCGAUAUGAUGUUAUGUAUGUUAAACGCAGUGUCCGACAAAAAUGAAAAGAUAAAAAAUAUAAUGACGAGGGAACGGCCACGAGAUCGGAAGCACGAUUACUCGUCCAGGAUCGUAGCGUCCGCUUCGACGAACUCGUACCACCGUUCGGUAGCCUCCGGAAGGAGCUAGCCGCGGAAUGGCGAACGGUCGGGACGGACGGAGCGUCCCUUGCGAAAGAGAGGAAUAAUAUAGCAAAGAAGCGAAUUUGUAUAUACGGGGUGGUAAUUAUCGCGCUAAAUCUAGUAGAUUCGCUGGAUUGCGAAGGGAAGAUUCAGGAGGAAUGAAAGGGGAACGGUGUGCCAGUGUUUCGGAAUGAUUGAUGUAGCGUUCUUAGCGUAUCCACGCGGCAUUCGAUGAUUAAGCAUGAAACAGAAGUAACAAAAAGCUAUAGGGAGCUUAAAUGUAUAACUUAACGUGUGUGUAUUUCUCGGGUGUACAGAUUAGAGAAGCGAGACGAGGAUGACCAGCCCACACGAACCUAACACGCGACACGUAAUUUGUAGAUGACACGCAUAGAGAGAUAUCCACGCGACAGAACACGUUCACAAGCGUACAAGACAUCACACACGCAUACACACACACACACAUAGACACACAUAGACGACGGACAGGCAGGUAAUAGGAGUUUAUUUUUUAUGGCGAACUAUAGAAGAGCUUGCACCUUGCGAAACAAAGGGGAUAUAUAAUACGACGAAAUGUUAGCGCGACCGUCCUUCGAAUCCAUGGGGAAGGAGGGAUCUAGAGAUGAAAGAACUAGUAACGAUCUUGACACGCAAUAAUACAAUAUUAUCGUGCGCACAAUCGCCGUGCAAUAAUAGCUAAUGUCUAUGCAAACGAUUAUUACCUUGAUCGUUGCUCAAAGGUGUAACGAAUCGUUGAAAUUAAUCGACGCUGAACGCUAUCACGCUGAUGUUGCAACUUUUAACGAGUACAGAGUACUGGGAAGAGACUAACUUGUUCGCGAAGCAUAGUCGCCCGCGACAUUAUUCUCCAAAUGCUCGCCGAUAUGCCUAACGUCGAUCGAUCGCUUAGGAAUCAACCAGUGAAUCAUCAUCGCGCACCGUUUUCCCUCCCCUUGGUUUUCUAUCGGUAGCUCCCCGGCAGAGAUGAGCAGAAUCGUGUAGCGUUCUUCGUUCGAGAAUGCAAAUAUUCAAAUUUGAUUCGAACAAAGUUCUAUCCAUUUCUGCUCUCCAAGCAGUUUGCACGCUGAUGUUUUGCAGCGAUCAACGCAAGUUGUACAGAGAAACGAAGACGAUUCGUCCGAUCCCCGAUUAUUUUCGUACGAUAGUAGCUAAUCGAUGUCAUACCUAUUUUGCAACUGAUUGGAACGACUGUUGACGUAAACGGCUACCAUUGUCCUCAAGGAUUCGCGUCGAUGCCGAGGCUUUUGGGUGGAAGCAAAAGACUUUGGCCGCUCAAGGACGAAUUCUACUUCACAGAGGAUCACCGAAAAGUGUUUGGAUGAUAGAGAAGGUACUGGAAAUUGUAGAAGUGGAGGGUUUCUCGUCAAGAGAAGUGACCUCGAGCGGUCAAAAUCAUACGUCUUGACUGUAAUCGCGAUGCCAACGCUUUCGAACAGGUCGUUUAGGCAACAAGGUAUCAGCAAAAGAGCUAUUAGAACGCAGCAUCAAGGGUUCUCCGUGGGGGAGGGGGGUCUCUCGCUCGCAGCAGAUCCUCGUCCACAAGAGGACGGUCGCGUCGUGGGAGCCAUCGUCAUUGCGAAAGAUACAAAGUUGCGCGGGACCCAGAACGAAGAGAUAUUUCUAUGUAGCGUUUAAAUAAGAAGAGUGGCGAAAGGUAGGCGAACUUGAAUGGAGUGAGCGUGCGUGUGAGAGGGUAAAAGGACCUUGUGUGCUUGGGGUUAGGUGCUCGAAGAGGUAAUCCUCUCGCGAGAGAGAUUGUAUCUAGAUGUGGAUGUAGCCGAAGAUAGUGCGGCGAAGAUGGAUCAUUAUUUGUACAUAAAUACGCGUUACGAGGAUCAGCCGCCUUUUACCACGAGUAAACGCCUCGUCCCUAUGGCUGAAUGCUAUGCAGACUUACCGCGUGUAAAGGCUAUUCGACACCGGAAGUGGCCCAAGUCCUGAGUGGCGCCAGUAACAUUUAAACGAGGACCGCCUGCAUAUCUCGAAAGGGAACGUCCUCGAGGACAACCGAACGUCGCAUGGGGAAAUUUCCUUUCGAUCCGCCGCUUCGGAUUUCCUUUCACCUGUAACUUUUUUCUGUUCCCUCCGUUUAUAUCUGGUCAGUCUCAAUCUCAACGCGGGUAGGCUUGAGAACCGUGUCACGAACAAUAAAUUAACAAAACGUCGCGCGACGAGGCCUCCCAUGCGACCCACGCUCGAAUGCCAGUUUCACACGAACGGUCACCCAAGCCGACGUUUCCUCUGCUAUCGAUAUCAUCGUUGACGCGAUAUCUUGCUUUGAUAAUAUACGUAUAUUUGAAUUUAUAUCAACGUCAGGUCGAACGAGAGCGAUCAGGGGUGGCAUGCGACAGCCUCAAGGCGUGUGAUCACGAAUGGGCAAAAUUCUUAAUCUGGACAAACAUUUCGAAUAACGAGUAAAUAGUAAACAACUUCUGAUGCGUCAUCCGUUCGAUAAAAACUAAUAUUGAAUAUGAUUGAAAUUAUAUUGCAUGUUGAACAAAUAAAAAGAAAAAAAAAAAAAGAAAA